GGUAUAUGGAGGUUGCGCGCUGAACGGUUCUUGCUCCUCGUUCGCCACUUUUCUCUCGUCAAAGGCUCCUGGAUGGUCUACCAGCAGGAGCACGGCAGGCCCAACGGGCCGCAUGUUUUCUAGGAGCAACACCGGGGCAUGUCAAUCGAGAUGGCAAUCGAGAUGGCCUCGAAACGCGUUGUCAGUGGCUUCCUGGGCUUGGGACGGAGGAGAGCUACGACACAGUCUAUCGCAACCCCAUGGAAGCCUCGGAUCUCGUUAUCAUUUUCCACCACGCGGUGCGUCUAUGCUCGUGGGACAGAAUACCUUCAACUCCACGAUCCCGACCUCACCGACUCCCAACGCACCGUUCGCGAAGCCAUCAGCAGAGUGUGCGCCAAAUUCGACGAUAUAUACUGGUUAAAUGCGGACAAGGAGCACCGCUUCCCGGUCGAAUUCCACCAGGCGGUCGCCAAAGAUGGCUGGCUGGGCAUCUGUAUGCCGUCCGAGUACGGCGGGAGCGAUCUGGGCAUCGCCGAGGCAGCCGUCAUGGUCCAAACGAUCGCCGAGAGUGGUGCUGCCUAUGCAGGUGCGUCGGCCGUGCAUAUGAACAUCUUCGGCCUCGAGCCCGUACGUAAGUUCGGCACGGAGGAGCAGAAGAAACGCAUGCUCGCGCCGUUGAUCGCAGGAAAAGAAAGGGCAUGCUUUGGUGUGACCGAGCCUAAUACAGGACUAGAUACGCUGAGGUUACAGUCGAGAGCUGUACGAGACGGGGAUCAUUAUGUGCUCAGCGGCCAGAAGAUGUGGAUAUCAACAGCCCAAGUCGCCGAGAAAAUCUUGAUUCUCGUGCGAACGACGCCGCUCGAGGAGGUCAAGAAGCCGAGUCAGGGGCUGAGUCUGUUCUACACGGACUUGGAUAGGAGUCAGGUCGAAGUCACGGAGAUCUCGAAGAUGGGAAGAGCAGCAGUGGACUCGAACACAUUGUUCUUCGAUGGGUGGAAGGUGCCAAAGGGAGAUCUUAUUGGCGAGGAGAACAACGGGUUCAAGAUGAUUAUGCACGGUAUGAACGCGGAAAGGAUACUUAUCGCUGCGGAGGCGUUGGGGAUAGGGUUCGCUGCACUACGCCGGGCGGCGCUAUAUGCAGGAGAAAGAAAGGUAUUUGGACGGCCGAUUGGGCAGAACCAGGCGAUUCAGCAUCCCCUGGCGGAUAGUUGGAUGCAACUCGAGGCUGCAAGGUUGAUGAUCUACCAAGCGGCCAGGAUGUAUGAUGCUGGGUACGAGAGCGGGGAAUAUGCAAAUGCCGCAAAGUACCUGGCCGCCGAGGCUGCUUUUCAGGCGUGUGAGAGGGCCGUGAUGACGCACGGUGGGAUGGGAUAUGCCAAAGAGUAUCAUGUGGAGAGGUAUUUGAGGGAGAUCUUCAUACCUCGCAUUGCGCCCGUCAGUCGAGAGAUGAUCAAGAAUUACAUUGGUGAGAGGGUGCUGGGGUUGCCGAGGUCCUAUUGA